CUCCCUCCUCAUCUUGGUGGUGUUGUGCGCAAAAUCUCCAGCGCCGGACGGACGGACGCAGUUUGACGGCACAAACGAGCGGCACUGCGGGGGGAAUAUCUAAGAAAAAGCCACCCAAAGCAGACAUGGAUAUUUAACCGGCAUUUGAUUUCUUUCUCUUUUUUUAAUCUCUUUGUUUUUAUUUUUAAUUUUACCUUGUGAUGUUGGCUUUGCACCGGGGGUGUUAAUUAAACCUGCUCGAUGUCUUUAAUCAGUUUGUAACCUGAACAAAAUGAGGAUUUCUUCUCGAGAUUUGAUUCUGUUGAUGUUCUCUGGCUUUUGGGGACUGACAAUGGGUGCUUUCCCGAGCAGCGUUCAGAUCGGUGGUCUGUUCAUCAGAAACACUGAUCAGGAGUACACCGCCUUUCGCUUGGCAAUCUUCCUGCACAACACCAGCCCGAACGCCUCGGAAGCCCCGUUCAACCUGGUGCCUCACGUGGACAACAUCGAGACGGCCAACAGCUUCGCCGUCACAAACGCCUUUUGCUCCCAGUACUCCCGCGGUGUCUUCGCCAUCUUCGGCCUGUACGACAAGCGUUCGGUCCACACGUUGACAUCUUUCUGCAGCGCCCUGCACAUCUCCCUCAUCACACCCAGCUUCCCAACCGAGGGUGAGAGCCAGUUCACCCUGCAGCUCCGGCCAUCAAUCCGGGGGGCGCUCCUGUCCCUCCUCGAUCACUAUGACUGGAACAAGUUUGUCUUCCUGUACGACACAGACCGAGGUUACGCCAUCCUGCAGGCCAUCAUGGAAAAGGCGGGACAAAACAACUGGCAGGUCAGCGCCAUCUGCGUGGAAAGCUUCAACGAUGCCAACUACCGGCGACUGCUGGAAGACCUGGACCGGCGACAGGAGAAAAAGUUUGUCAUCGACGUGGAGGCUGAGAGACUGCAGAACAUGCUGGAACAGAUUGUCAGCGUCGGGAAACAUGUCAAAGGCUACCAUUACAUCAUGGCCAAUCUGGGUUUUAAAGACAUCAACCUAGAACGCUUCAUGCACGGCGGAGCCAAUGUGACAGGCUUCCAGCUGGUGGACUUCAGCAACCCAAUGGUCAUCAAACUGAUGCAGCGCUGGAAUAAGCUGGAUCAGAGGGAAUACCCGGGCUCGGACGCCCCGCCCAAGUACACCUCGGCGCUGACGUACGAUGGCGUGAUGGUGAUGGCCGAGGCCUUCAGGAACCUGCGCAGGCAGAAGGUGGACAUUUCGAGACGGGGGAACGCCGGCGACUGCCUCGCUAACCCCGCCGCCCCGUGGAACCAGGGCAUCGACAUGGAGCGCACUCUAAAACAGGUCCGGCUGCAAGGACUAACAGGUAAUGUCCAGUUUGACCACUAUGGCCGCAGGGUCAACUACACUAUGGACGUGUUUGAACUGAAGAAUAAUGGACCCAGACGGAUUGGCUACUGGAAUGACGCAGACAAACUGGUGCUGAUCCAGGACUCUCCGCUGCUUCCAAAUGACACUUCUGGCAUGGAGAAUCGAACUGUUGUAGUUACUACAAUCAUGGAGGGACCCUACGUGAUGCUUAAGAAGAACUGGGAGAUGUACGAGGGCAACGACCAGUACGAGGGUUAUUGCGUGGACUUGGCUUCAGAGAUCGCCAAACACAUCGGCAUCAAGUACAAGAUCUCCAUCGUCCCCGAUGGAAAGUACGGCGCCAGGGACCCAGAGACGAAGAUCUGGAACGGUAUGGUCGGGGAGCUGGUGUACGGGAAAGCGGAAAUCGCUGUGGCCCCUUUGACUAUCACGUUGGUCCGGGAGGAGGUGAUUGAUUUCUCCAAGCCCUUCAUGUCGCUGGGCAUUUCCAUCAUGAUCAAGAAGCCCCAAAAAUCUAAACCAGGGGUGUUCUCCUUCCUGGACCCGUUGGCCUACGAGAUCUGGAUGUGCAUCGUGUUUGCCUAUAUCGGCGUGAGCGUGGUGCUCUUCCUGGUCAGCCGCUUCAGCCCGUACGAAUGGCACACCGAGGAGCCCGAAGAGGGCACCGACGGUCCGCCAAGCGACCAGCCCCCCAAUGAGUUUGGCAUCUUCAAUUCCCUCUGGUUCUCCCUGGGCGCCUUCAUGCAGCAGGGCUGCGACAUCUCCCCCAGAUCAUUAUCGGGACGAAUCGUAGGAGGAGUGUGGUGGUUCUUCACUCUCAUCAUCAUCUCGUCCUAUACGGCCAACCUGGCUGCCUUUCUCACCGUGGAGAGGAUGGUUUCCCCAAUUGAGAGUGCAGAGGAUCUGGCCAAACAGACCGACAUUGCCUAUGGCACAUUAGACUCUGGCUCAACCAAAGAGUUCUUCAGGCGGUCCAAAAUUGCUGUCUAUGAGAAGAUGUGGGGAUACAUGAAGUCGGCCGAGCCCACAGUCUUCACCAAGACCACGGCCGAGGGCGUGGCGCGGGUCCGCAAGUCCAAAGGAAAAUAUGCCUUCCUGUUGGAGUCCACAAUGAAUGAGUACACAGAGCAGCGCAAGCCCUGCGACACAAUGAAAGUUGGGGGCAACUUGGACUCCAAAGGCUAUGGAGUAGCCACACCCAAGGGUUCACAGUUAAGAAGUGCAGUAAACCUGGCUGUGUUAAAACUCAAUGAACAAGGCCUGUUGGACAAAUUGAAAAACAAGUGGUGGUACGACAAAGGAGAGUGUGGCAGCGGAGGCGGUGGCGAGAAGGACAAGUCGUCCCAGGCCCUCAGCCUGAGCAACGUGGCGGGGGUCUUCUACAUCCUCGUCGGGGGCCUGGGCCUGGCCAUGCUCGUGGCCCUCAUCGAAUUCUGCUACAAGUCACGCAACGAGGCCAAAAGAAUGAAGCUAACAUUUACAGAAGCCAUGAGGAACAAGGCCCGCCUGUCCAUCACCGGCAGCGUUGGGGAGAACGGACGGGUGCUGACGCCCGACUGUCCCAAGGCGGUCCACGCCGGGCCUCCCAUCCGCCAGAGCUCCGGCCUCGCCCUGGUCUCCUCUGAGCUCCCGUGAAAACCAAAAACCUCUCAAGUGCCUUAUUCCAGUAACAACACCACCAAACAGUAAUCACACCGCCCACAACCACAAACCAACCACAAAGACACAGGAUUCACACGGCAGACAAGUCUCCUCCAGUGGGCGCAACUGAACCGACAACAAACCCCUGCUGACCGAGGUUAGAGGACUUGCUGUGGCUCCGGGACUUCUCUCUGAAACUGUGGAAACUUGAGACAGAACAGUCUUUGUUUUUUCUUUUAAACUGCGAGGCCACACGGGAAGCGUAUUGCUCGUGAAAAUCCACCGGAUUUUACAGAUCCGGCGACAGAAGAGGAAUUAACGGGAGAAGGAGGCAUAAAAUGGAGAAAUAUCAUGACACGCGAUAAAGAGGAAGACCAGAAAACUGUAAACUUGAAACUCAGAACUUUUUUUUGGAUUGCUGUGAAUUGGCAAAAAAAAAAAAAAAAUAAACCAAACAAAAAAAAAA